CGAAGGGUCGCAGUUGCCUCGAAAUUUCGGAGCCGGCGUGCCCAUGUUCGCCCGUGGCGCAUCCACGCUUGUUGUUCACCGUCGACGUGACUGAACGCGAGCCGAGUGACUCUCUACUACGUCGAUUAGUGACGGAGUUCCGACUGCAAGUUGUAUCGUUUCGGUUUUUCUAGUUUCCCUUUUUCUUUCUUCUCUUUCUGUGGUGACGUACGCGACGAGAGAAGCCGAGGACUCAUCCGUCAUGAAGAGCGCGUGGUUGAUCUUCGCAACGGUGUGCGCCGCGAGCUGCUCGAUGGUGAUCGGUCUCGACUUAGGACGGAUGAUCUGGACCGCCCAGUGCCAUUCCGAGUGCUUGAGACAAUUCGACAAGUACGAGCUGUUAAAGCCGGCCGUGCUCGAUGAAUUCAAUGAGUGCGCCAAGUAUUGCAAAAUAUGUCACGACGAGAAAAACACGAAGGCGUGCUGGCGGAACGAGUUGAAGCGCACCUCAAAGCAUUUCCGUCAGAAGAGAGCAUUACCAGAAGGCCAGUUGAUCGCCUGCAGGUAUUGCAAAACGCGGGAGCUCACGAACUACGAAGCGUCGAUGCUACCAGCACCGGAGAACAAACCGAUCUCGAUGGGUCCGCACGACGUAGCUAUCGUAUUCCAAAGGGAAUAUCAGCGCGACUGGGAUUUUCAGGACUUCUACUACGGUAGAAGUUUGACUGGCACGGUGCAUCCGUGCUACUGGAUCAUCGUCGUCACGUCGGAAAACAGUCCUCGGCAUUACUCUUGGCAACAGUGGGUGCCGAACUUGGAGUCGCUCAAGGAGGGCCCGCUGGUCGAGGCGACCAUUUCGUGGCGGAACGCGAGCGAACAGCUGCAAUUCCAACAGAAACACGAAGAGACGAAGAUGAUGCAAGACCAUAAACGUCACUUGCAGCUAUCUAGCGAGAACGUGCUGAAGAUGACCAUCGACAACAAGACGCAGCGCGCCUUGAUCCAACAGCUCUUCUGGAAGCCAGAUGCGUCCGAGCGCAAACUGAGCCGAAACAAAUAUUGGGCCAGGUUCUCCCAGAAGUGUCGCUACUACAUCGACGACGGCGACAGCAGCAAGUCGUUCGUGGUCACCUGGGGCCCGGAGACCGGCGGCCUCACCGGCAACCAGGUGACCGACGGCGACUCGGCGCAGAUCUCGCUGCUGCCAGGCGUCAAGUACCAAGUGAGAGUCGCGUCCAACAACGGUCCCGGCAGCUUCCCCAUCAUCAUCGACACUCGGCAUUUCGCCAAUCACACCCCGCCUUCUCCUCCGGCUUCGUCUUCCUCCGUCUGCGAAGGCAUUUGCUGCGUGAAACUGUUCGCCUACACCGGCUGGCAAUACGUCCUGGUCCUUUUCUUGAUUGCGAUCCUAUUGUAUUGCUAUAUCUGGGUGAACUCGUGGCGCACGAAGAAACUCGUCCAGACGUGGGAGAAAGCAAGUCAAGCGAAGAUGAUACCGCUGCUAUUCGCCUGCUGCCUCGGCUUCCUCGUCGCUCCUUAUCAGCUCGCACCAUCGGCGAACAAUGGUCUAAUCGGCGUCGGGGCGCUCACCGUGGUGAGCGUCGGAUUCGCAGCCGGGCCCAGGUACGUCCCGAAAUGGAAGAAGCAAGCGUGCGAAAUACCGGCAUCCCAACACCCAAAUUCGCAUUACAUCUGCGACGAGGCUGGUGAAGUAAAAUGUUUGCCAGGAUGGACGGGUGAUCUCUGUGAUGUACCGAUUUGCCGAAAGGGUUGCGACCCCCUUCAAGGCUACUGCCGACGGCCCGGGGAAUGUCGGUGCAAGUUGGGCUUCUACGGUGACCUGUGCGACAAGUGCGUGGCCUUGCCGGGUUGUCAGCAUGGAAGAUGUAAUGUGAGCUUCGAGUGCUCCUGCGAUCCCGGUUGGAAAGGCAUGUUCUGCUCCGAGCCGAUCUGCGCGCCCGAUUGCCUAUCCAGCCAGGGCUACUGCGAGAAACCUGGCGAGUGCAGAUGUCGCCUGGGGUGGCAGGGCCCUAAGUGCAAACAGUGCGCUGUGUUGCCGGGAUGCGCGCAUGGGACCUGUCAAGGACCCUUAGAGUGUCGAUGUGAUCCGGGUUGGACUGGGCUGCUUUGUCAAACACCGAUCUGCGCGCAAGGGUGCAGCCGGAAUCACGGCGGCUGCCGGCAGCCGGGCACAUGCAGAUGCCGCACCGGCUGGACCGGUCCAAACUGCACCGAGUGCGUCCCGUAUCCCGGAUGCGUGCACGGCUCGUGCAAGCGACCGUGGGAGUGCCGUUGCGAGCCCGGUUGGGCCGGCGAUCUGUGCAACGAGAAACUGACUUACUGCGACGAGCACCCGGGCGUCUGUCAAAACAACGCGACCUGCAUCAGCAUGACCCACGAGGACGGUAAUUACAGGUGCAUCUGCCCGCUGGGAUACAUGGGCCGACAGUGCCAAAUAAAGACGACGGUGCCGUCGACGGAGCUGGUACCGCCGAUGCCCGACACCAGCGGCAACCUGGGGCUUGCACAGGAGGCGCAGGACCUCGCGGACAAGCCGAGUAUCGAGGUAGCGUCGAGCGAGGACAAAAAAGUGCCCGUUAAGGCAGAGGAAGUGACCGCGGAGCCACUCGGGCCUAUCGUCAUCACGGACCCGCCGACCACCGUGGAUCCCGCCGCGACCGCGGGAAAAUGGCCCACGGAAUCGGCCACGGAGUCGUUGGAGAGAGACGACGAGAACGAGACAUGAACAGCGAGAGAGAGAGAGAGAGAGAGAGAGAGAGAGAACGCGAUUCUAUUUAUCUCAGUUUUAUUUAUUUAUUUUAUUAACCCUCCCUCUCGCGUCUGAACAUGAUGGUCCUCGACGACCACUUCGUUCUGCAUCGCGAAAACUGUAUCGUUGUGAAACGAGAUGUUCAUGUAAUCAUUUUCUAAUUAAAUAUACACACUGGAAGAAAAAAUGUGUAAGAAAUAAAAAAUAUGAAGUACUUAUUCGGGUACCAAUAACAUAUAUUCACUUAUACUGGUAUAAAAUAUCUUUCAAAUAAGUUUUGAUAAGACAUACAUCUUAAAAACUUAUCAAAGAAAUCGUUUAUUCUAUUUGAAUAGAAAAAUUUGGACUUAAGUGAAUAUGUAUUGUCAGCAUCCGCCGAGUAAAUGUCUUUUAUCUUUAGAUAAUUUUUUCUCCAGUGUAAGAAUAUCUAUUUUAUUAUGUAAAACCAAAAAAGACACUGGAUAGUUUUUGUCACGGGUACGAGAAGAUUCACAUUCGUUUUGAAGUACACUAAAACCCGUGAAAAGCGCGAUAUUUCUGCUUAAUGAAAUAUUUAUCCUCCCGAUCUUCCUUACUAACUUGUUAGCAUUGUUAAUGAAAUGUGCAAUAAAGCAGCGGGGAUGUAAGCGGA